GCGCCUAGUUCAGUGACUCGAAGCCCGCGCUGCCAAACGGUCGCGCGCUCGCGGUGUGCCACCUUAACAUUUCGAACGCUCGCGUUCUAAGUUCGAAAGCUGACAGUGACAGGAGUGUUGUGUUUUGAAGGAAUUUUGGAAACUUAUUUUCUUUUUUUUUGGAAGUGUGCAUUUUGUGGACGGAUUUGUGUUUUGGAUUGCGAUUUGGAAUUGGGUACAGUGGGCCAGUCGGAAACAACCGCAUGUGUUCAACUACAACCCUUACUUCCUCAUUAGUACCAUACAGCUGGCAUGGCGCGAUACAAAUGACUACACUUGCAUGAGAACCCGAGCCUGGCUGUGAGCUUGAGCGUGCACAGUGGGCGAGGCGACGCUGGACGGCUGCCUCUAUGCUGUAUCGGCGGUUCGACAUUCACCGGGACGUAGCCAGGUCGCUGUUGAAGAGGAACGGAGCGAGAGGCGUGAGGUAACCUGGCCGAGGGCGCCAAGCAACACCGUCAUGUGUUCCACAGCAACUAAGUACCAACCGUGCGAAUAGCGCAACAAGCAACGAAGAAUGUACCCUCCGUCCAAAACGCUGCCAAAUAUUUGUAACGAAUUUACUAGUGUAGAAGUAGAGACAGUGUGUUUGUGAGUCGGUGAUUGUGAUUGUGGAUAGUGGCGCCUCGUGGCGGAGACAAGGUGGCGGGGACGCAUGCGCCGCACUCAACGGCGCUGGCGAUGCCAUUUAUUGAAGACGAAUGGUGGUCCGCCGAGAAUGAGGGCAGGAUGGUCGACCUCUCCAAUUGUGUUCAGGACGCGGUAGCAGCGGCAGGCGGGCAAACAGCUGCUCUGCAACAAAUGGCGUCCUCACUGGGCGAGCUGUCGCAGGCCGAGCUGUCAAACAUCGUUGGCGGGCUCUCGCUGGAGACCGACGCGGAGGCCGCGGACCCCGACGACAUACUCAAACAGCUCGGGGAGACCGCCUUUGACAAUUUUGAGACUUUUUUUACGGACCUCACUAACGCCACCGCGUCUAAUGUUCCACCAAUUGAAAUUAAGCAAGAAGAAAACAAUAACGUAUCAUCGCCAGCGUCUGGGAGUCAAAUGCAAGGCUACAGUUACCAGACAAGCAGCCAACUUUUGCAAAACAACGGCCAGCAACGAUUGCAGCAAUUACUAAGAUCCGGCACUAACGCCAUCAACAAUGCCGUGGCAAAUAAUAUAAAUAACGGAAGAUACAAUAUCGCUUCCGCAAAUCCUUUACUCGCGGAAAAAUUAGCAGCGACAUCUAGCUGCAUAAAGCAAGAACCGAUUAGUUCGGAUUACAAUGGAACGAGUAUGAACUAUGGCAACGCUUCACCGAUGCAGAGAGUGCCGAGUGGGAAGCCGCAGGUGCAUGAUGCUGGUGGAGGUAAAGUGGACGGCGAACCAGCGGGAUUGCCUCUGGGCGCGCGAGGCACGCUCGGCCGCGCGCUGCUGCAUGGCCUGCUAGCUCCUGCGCCGGCCGCCAGGCACCAUCUUUACACCGCGCCCAACACUGGUGGUUCCCUUCCCCCAUCGCCAGCGGAUAGUGGAGUCUCCGAUGUGGAGUCGUCGUCCUCCGGAGCCGGGUCAGCCGAAGAGCUUAAGGCGCGGCUUCAGCCACCACCUCCUGCGCCCUUCCACGCGCCUUUCCUUCCCUUCUACCAGCACCACCAGAUCGCCACGUCACUACAGCACCACGUAACGCAUCCCAGGCCACCUGUGGGCGGCGUGAACGAACGCGAGGCGUACGGGUACGGGUACGGCGGUGGCGGCGGGGUGGGCGUGGGGGGCGCGCACCACUUCGCCGCGCCCGCGCCGCCGCCGCUGCACUCCGCGCACGACGAGUUGCCCUACUCCGUGUUCGACUUUGGCGACUACCAGCGGCAGCACCACCACAACAAGCUCAAGCCCAAGAAGCGGCCGCGCCUGGACGCGCCGCAGCCCACCGGCGUGAAACGCAAGUCGCGCGAGGGCUCCACCACCUACCUCUGGGAAUUCCUGCUCAAGCUGUUGCAGGACCGCGAGUACUGCCCCCGCUACAUCAAAUGGACCAACCGCGAGAAGGGCGUCUUCAAGCUGGUCGAUUCGAAGGCCGUGUCGCGCCUCUGGGGCCUGCACAAGAAUAAGCCCGACAUGAAUUACGAGACGAUGGGCCGCGCGCUGCGCUACUACUACCAGCGCGGCAUCCUCGCCAAGGUGGACGGGCAGCGACUCGUCUACCAGUUCGUCGACGUGCCCAAGGACAUUGUCGAGAUCGACUGCUCGCUCGCGUAGGCUGCCGACGACCAGACGGACGCUACCCCACCCUCAGCGGUGCGUGUCGAUUCGAAUCUCCAGUGCGGACUGUGUGUGAAUGCGACGGACCUUUGUCAUACGUAACUAUUAUAGAUUCGCGUAUUCAUUUCGGUCUUACAUUUUUUCACUAAUGAAUAGUAAAUUCGUCUAUUUGUCAUUCAAAUCAUCAUGCAUUGUUUUUCAGAUCGC